AUGACGUCGGCGGGAGAAAAGCAACACUAUGCUCUCGCCCUCAUCCAGAAACUUUUCGAUAAUCUCCCUACCGAUAUGACCGUUGGCCUGUUGUAUGACAUUGGCUGUCAGCUUCAUCGAAGUUGUCUCAAGUACCGACUCCUCGAUGAUGCGGUUCUUCGCCGUAUAACUUUCGCGAUAUCAGUCUUUCACGCCUACGGCCACCAAUGGGCAUGUCAAAUUAUAUACCAUCCUCGCAAAUGUGAAGGCUUUGGCCUUUCGGAUGGAGAAGGUUGCGAGCGUUUAUGGAGUGCACUGAAACAUCUCAUUGCUCCGCUACGCGUUUCUGGGGUGAGUGUCUCUGUUUCGAAAAUGAUUGCAUACGAGCUAUAG